AUGGGAUUCGACUUGAAAUCGAAGAGGCUGUACAACUGGUCCGUAUAUCCCUGGUCGUACAUCUCGCUUGUUGCAGCAGCAUGUAUGGUCCUUUAUGGAUACGAUGCGUCGGUCUACAACUCGGUACAAGGCUCCGAUAACUGGGUUGCCCACUUCAACGACCCGGGUCCGAAUAUGAUCGGUGCAGUCAACACGGCCUACACCGUAGGCGCCAUUUUCGGGGGCUUCUUCCUCGGUGGUCCUAUUGCGGACUAUGCUGGCCGCAAGAUGGGUAUGGCCACGGGUUGCGUACUGGUUAUCGCCGCCACCUUCAUGCAGACCUGGUCCCCGUGGCACAAUAUUGCAUGCUUCCUUGCUGGUCGGUGUAUCAUCGGUGUCGGUCAAGGCAUUGCUUUGACCUCCGGUCCGGUUUAUAUCGGCGAGUUGGCCCCGCCAGAGAUCCGUGGCAAGAUCAUGACUUUCUGGCAGAUGUUUUACUCUGUUGGGUCUUUUAUCUGCUUCUGGGUGAAUUACGGAUGCACGCAGCAUAAGGAACGCCUCGGCGAAUGGGACUGGAAAAUGGUUGUCAUCUUCCAGCUUCUCGUCCCUACCCUAAUUCUGAUUCUCAUGCCCACCAUCCCGGGCUCGCCGCGUUGGUAUAUCAAACGUAAUAACGACAUUGAGAAAGCCCGUGCCACUCUUCGAAGAGUCCGAUCCUCUGAAGAAGAGGUCGAGGAGGAAUUGCUGCGCAUCCGGGAGGCUCUCGAAUACGAAAAAGAGGCCAUCUCCGGCACUUAUAGUGCUCUUUGGAAGGACAAGUCUCUGCGAAAGCGCAUGUUGCUUGCUGUUAUCGUCAAUGCAGGACAACAGAUCACCGGACAAGGAUCCCUCAACACAUAUUCCACCAAGAUCUAUCAGAAAGUCUUCCCCAGCGCUGGUCAGAUUGCUUUGAUCAAUGCCCUCAACGCUACUUUUGGCAUUAUCUUUACGCUCAAUGCCGUCUGGAUCAUCGACCGUUUUGGCCGGAAGUUCCUCCUGAUUAUCGGUGGUAUUGGCAUGGGAAUUUGCAUGAUCAUUGUCUCUGCAGUCGAGACGGAAACACCAUCGCCCAAUGGGGUUAAAACUCAGCCGGUGGGCAUAUCGAUCGUGUUUUUACUCUUCCUCUUCAUCUUCUUCUACAAGCCUUCGUGGGGAGCUACCGUGUGGAUCUGGACAUCAGAGAUCUUCUCGAUGAACGUUCGCGCACAAGCUGUGGGAAUGGCGUCACAGACUCAGAACGUCGCGAAUACCAUCUUCCAGCAAUUCUUCCCUAUCUUCCUCAAGAACUGUGGGUUCUACGCCUUCUAUAUGUUUGCUGGUGUCAACUUCCUCCUGGCUGUUUUCGUGUACUUCUUCAUCCCCGAGACGAAGCAGGUGCCUUUGGAAGAGAUCGAUGCCCUUUUUGGCGGCGCGAACCAUGUCACGCACGGCGAAGAUCUCAUCGCUGCCGAGAAGGGGAUGCGAGUUAUGCAGGAGGAUGCGGCUCAUGAGAAGUCCGAGGCCACUGCGAUUGAGAACAUCUCGCGGAACAGAUGA